AUGAAGGUGGCAUCAAAGGUUGCGGAUGCAUGGGGCGACUGGUGCCGCAACACUCGAGGGGACGAUCUGAGCACCCUGUUCAGCUCUCUAGGACUGCAGGUCCUAAACGAAGGAUCAAAGCCAACUUUUGUGGGUAUAGGAAGAGGCUCCAUUGUCGACCUUACCGUGGUGUCUGAGUCACUUGUAGGUCACGUUUCGGGGUGGCACGUCUGCGACGAGGUGGAAAGCAUGUCUGACCAUCAGUACAUCGCUUUCACACUGGAGGCUUCCAGAAACGGCGGGCCCACGAAUCCAUGGGUGCCGAGGGGCUGGAAGACAGAUGGUGAGAUCAGCAGCCAAGACGUGGAAAUUGGACUCCUUCUGGAGAAAUGGACCGGCGAACGUGCACUGUUUGCUGCAUCUGCCAACGCCGACCAGCGUGCGCGGGCUGUCCAACAGUCCAUUACCGUGGCCUGCGACUUCGCCCUUAGGCGCCUUACCCCUAGCCCUCCGGGGAAACCCCCAGCCUAUUGGUGGAUCGCCGAUAUUGCCUCGAAACGUAGAGUCUGCGUGGCGGCAAAGCGAGCUAAGACGAGGUGCAUUGCAAAAGUCCACCGGCGUCGUGCACGUGGUCAAAACUCAAUCAGCGAAGAGGAAGCUGCGACCGCAACAAACGCCAUCUACAAGGAAGCUCGUAAAGGACUGAAAUACGCCAUCGCGCAAAGUAAGACAAGGUGUUGGAACGAAUUGCUCUCAACAAUCGACAGCGACCCAUGGGGAAAACCCUACAAGCUUGUUGCUCGUAAGCUUCAGGGUCCUUCCCCAACAAGCAAGAUGGAAUGUGAGUCGGUACGGCGGAUCACGGACGUGCUUUUUCCCCUCCAUCAGCCGAUGACAACGCAAGUCCUCCAAGCCACUGAGAUGCCUCCCCCCUUCACCAUCGAAGAGGUAAACAUAGCGGUGGAAAGAGCGAAACGGAAAAAUACCGCUCCGGGUAGCGUAUUAGGAAACCCAGGACGCCACAGCGCGGCUCUUGAAUAUCGUGUUCCCAUUGGUGCAAUUCAAAUUUCGCGCGUUUUCUAUUAUCAGCAUUAA